AAUCAGAACAACAGAACGGCCUACAAGUACAACAAAUAUCGAGUGUCUGUUUCGGAAGACGCGAAAUGCCGAAGAUCUCAUCACCACCACCACCACGCAAUAAAGUUACAUCAAACCACAACAACUUUUUCACAUCUUACACAACACUGUCUCUCUCUCUUCUCUUUCUCUGCGUUUCUCUGAAAAACCAGAACAAGCUCUGGAGAAACCGCCACAAAAAAAAGAAAAGAAAACGCAAACCUAACCGCAAACGGUAACCCCAUUAUGCCAUGCUUCACACCACACCCCUCUCUUCUCUUCCUUCUUCUCACCCUUCUCUCUAUUUCCUUCUUCUCUCCUUCCACCGCUGCAAGAACCUCUUCUUUCCAUUCCUUACGUAUUUCAGAUGGAGUCGAGGAUGGUGGUGAGGGAGAGUACUACCACGAGGUACUACCAUGGAAAACGAGGAGAUCCAUGGCUGAAGAAGAGGCCACGAGCAACACGUCUCUGAUAUUGGCUCAGAGAAGAACCACAAGGAAGGACCCUUUGGAUAACUACAACCAUUACACCGGUGGCUGGAACAUCAGCAAUCGCCACUACAUUGCUUCAGUUGUUUUCACUGCGGUUCCCUUCUUUGUUGUUGCUGCGGUCUGGUUUGUGAUUUUUGGGCUCAGUUUAUCAUUCAUAUGCUUGUGUUACUGCUGUUGUCCAAGAGAGCCUUAUGGCUAUUCACGUUUGGCCUAUGCUUUGUCCUUGAUCUUCCUCGUUCUCUUCACCCUUGCAGCAAUAGUUGGAUGUGUUCUUCUUUACACUGCUCAGGGGAAGUUUCAUGGGAGCACCACAAACACGCUGAAAUCCUUGGUGAGUCAGGCUGACUUCACCGCCGAAAACCUCAGGAACGUGUCAGAUUAUCUUGAUGCAGCUCAGAAGAUCGGAGUCGAAGCGGUUUUUUUACCAGCCGAUGUUCAGAAGAACAUUGACGAAGUUCAGAUGAAGAUUAAUUCUUCUGCUGCAGAUCUUUCCAGCAAGACUAAAAAAAAUUCAGAGACAAUUAAAGAUGUCAUUGAUGCAAUGAGACGGGAUCUGGUUAUUCUUGCUGCUGUUAUGCUCUUUCUUGCAUUUCUUGGAUUCUUAUUUUCAAUAUUUGGGUUGCAAGGUCUUGUAUACUUUUUGGUCAUUGUCGGGUGGAUUCUUGUUGCCGGCACAUUUAUACUUUGUGGUGUGUUUCUCUUUCUUCACAAUGUCGUCGCAGAUACAUGUGUUGCCAUGGAUGAGUGGGUGCAGAACCCUACUGCACAUACAGCCUUGGAUGAAAUUCUUCCUUGUGUGGAUAAUGCAACUGCGCAGGAAACCUUGUUUCGAACCAGGGAUGUGACACACCAACUUGCUAACUUACUUGGCAACAUUGUUUCCAAUGUCACAAAUAGAAAUCUCCCACCUGCUGCUGGACCCUUGUAUUACAAUCAAUCAGGCCCCUUGAUGCCUCCUCUGUGCAAUCCAUUUAACAAUGAUCUCACAAAUCGGUCAUGUGCAGAUGGGGAAGUUUCAUUGGACAAAGCUGCAGAGGUGUGGAAGAAUUAUAUUUGUGAGGUUUCUUCUUCAGACAUUUGCAAGACACCCGGUCGGAUGACUCCAACCGUUUAUGGCCAAAUGGAAGCUGCAGUGAAUGUAAGCUAUGGUUUAUAUCAUUAUGGCCCAUUCUUGGUUGGCCUACAAGACUGCACUUUCGUUCGGAAAAUAUUCACAGACAUCAGCAACAAUCACUGCCCUGGUCUGCAGAGAAACAGCCAAUUGAUUUAUAUUGGGUUGGUUUUGGUAUCAGCUGCUGUAAUGUUGUCUUUGAUCUUUUGGGUCAUCUAUGCAAGAGAACGGCGGCACCGCGUUUAUACUAAACAGUUCAUUGAAGGCUAAAUGUGUUGGGACUUAAACUACAUUAGGUACAUUAUGGUUCUCAGGUACAUUUGUGUUAUAGAUUGUAUUCCAGGGUUGGGUCUCUUGUUUUAUGUCAUGUAGAGUUUCAUCUUACAAAAUACCUAUACUGGAGUAGAGAUGUUUAUGAGGAAAAAACAGUUUAUAUGGUGCAAAAAGUAUUUUGGUGUGUUUUGAUAUCAAUUUCUUUUUUUCUAAUUUAAAACACAGAUUGAGAUUGUUUGAUUCGAAUAGCCGACUUGGGGGGUUAAAAGGUUUUCAUUCUAA